AUCAGUCGAAGAGAUUAGCUAAGAUAUAUUUUCACCCUUUCCCGCUUUGACUCCAACCUACAUACAGUACCAUACAAAUUCAACUUAUACUAUAUAACCCAGCCGCGGGGUAAAAAGUAAUAUUUACAUACAUAAGCUACUAAUAAAAAUAGAUUUGAUAAUUGUUCAAGCAACUAAUCAGAUGCAUAUUUUCAGAGACUAAAUCUACACCCUUCACUAUCUUUACACUACCCCUGACUGUAGGCAUGCUUACUUUAUCUAAGGGCCAUCUAAGGGUACCCAUGUGUUCCCUUUGAAGCGCACCUGUCUAGAUGUCGAGAGAGCUCUGAGCUCUAACGAUCGUCUCGUUGACUAUCGAAACUAGACACCUGGAAUACGGGGCCUAGCACUCCCGCUGAGUUAUGCGCGCCAAUCGGCGCCCCGCGGGCGAGAUUCUCCCGAAUGGGACAGCUUUCCGCAACCCGCGCCGGUCCCCGGUGGGUCAUGAUACGCUGAGGGGGAAAAGUCAUGUAGCGGCCCAUAUGAAUAACAUGAAAGACCCGGGCUCAAAAUAAGUCGUUCUCUCGAGUCUUUCUCCUAUUCCUGAGCCUAUCAUAUUUCCAACGGGGAACGUAAUCGUCCAUAAUGACCACCUUCACGAAAAUCACCGGGGAUGAGACCCCUCUCAUCGAAGUGGACGCCUCGAAGCGCCUGUCCAAGAUAGAUCCCAUGAUAUAUGGAGGCUUCACCGAGCACAUGGGCCGCUGCAUCUACGGCGGCAUCUACGAGCCGGGUUCGCCACACGCCGACGCCGACGGCUUCCGGACGGACGUGCUCGCGGCGCUGCGCGAGCUCGACAUCCCCGUGGUGCGGUAUCCGGGCGGCAACUUCGUAGCGACGUACCACUGGCAAGACGGGAUCGGGCCCCGAGCUAACCGCCCGAAACGGCCCGAGCUGGCCUGGCUCGGCGUCGAGCCGAACCAGUUCGGCACCGACGAGUUCAUGCGCUGGCUCGACGCGCUCUCCGCGGGGAAGCCGCGCCGCGUCGAGCCGUACCUGUGCCUGAACUUCGGCACGGGCACGCUGGACGAGGCGCUCGCCUGGGUCGAGUACUGCAACGGCACGCGGGACACCUACUACGCGAACCUGCGGCGCGCGAACGGGCACCCGGACCCCUACCGCGUGCGCUACUGGGCCCUGGGCAACGAGGUCUGGGGCCCGUGGCAGGUCGAGCAGAUGACGAAGGAGGACUACGCGAAGAAGGCGGCGCAGUGGGCCAAGGCCCUGCGGCUGCUCGACCCGGAUAUCCAGCUCAUCCUCUGCGGCCAGGACGGCCAGAGCAGCUGGGACCACCACGUGCUGAACCAAUGCGUCGGCUGGGCCGACAUGCACAGCAUCCACAUCUACACGGCCUCCAACAACCACCUGAAAAACGCGACGGCCCCUCUGGCCGCCGAGCGCGCGAUCCAGAUCACAGCGUCGCUCAUCGACCUCGCGCGCAUCGAGAACGCCAUCCCCCCGACCAAGCCCGCGACCAAGAUCUGCUUCGACGAGUGGAACGUGUGGGACCCGGAGCGCGCCCCCGGCGACAAGGGCGCCGAGGAGCAGUACACGCUAUCUGACGCCCUGGCCGUCGCGUCCUGGCUGAACGUGUUCGUGCGGCAGGCGCGGUACCUCGGCAUGGCCAACAUCGCGCAGACCGUCAACGUCAUUUCGCCGCUCAUGACUACGCACGAAGGCGUCGUGCGUCAGUCCACCUGGUGGCCGCUCCUGCUGUUUAGUAAGUACAUGCGCGGAUGCACCGUCGCCGCCCACGUGCGCUCCGGCUCCUACGUCGGCGAGACGCAGCCCGCCUGGCUGCAGGGCACGCUGGGCGAGGACGGCGCGCCGUGGUUGGAUGUCAGCGCUACGCUAGGGGACGACGGGUUCGUGAAUUUGGCCGUGGCUAACAUUAGCGAGACGGAGGACUUCGCCGUGGAUCUAAAGGGUGCGGGGAGUGAUGUGUCCGUCUACACCGUAUCUGGCUCUGGAGUGAAUGCGACGAAUAAAGAGGGUAAGGAAGAGGUUGGCUUAUCCGAAGGGAAAUGGAACGGAAAGGGGAAAUAUACGUUCGCGAAGCACACAUUCACGCUGUUGAGAUGGAAGGCAUAAGCUAGGGCGGCAAGUCAUAAUAGGUACGAGCUACGAUGGGCGAGAACAUAGCACAGCGGAGCAAUA